GUUGUGUUGCUGCCCCAGAACCAGAGACGGUAGUGCCACGGCCGCAGCUCCAAAUCCUCCAGACAAUGUCGUCGAAUUUGGUCGAGCAGCCGCCGCCUCUGCACAACAACAACAACAACUGCGAGGAAGGCGAACAGCCCUUGCCACCGCCCGCCGGCCUCAACAGUUCCUGGGUGGAGCUGCCGAUGAACAGCAGCAAUGGCAAUGAUAAUGGCAAUGGGAAAAAUGGGGGGCUAGAGCAUGUACCGUCCUCAUCCUCUAUCCACAAUGGAGACAUGGAGAAGAUCCUUUUGGAUGCACAGCACGAAUCAGGACAGAGUAGUUCCAGGGGCAGCUCGCACUGUGAUAGCCCUUCCCCACAAGAAGAUGGACAAAUUAUGUUUGAUGUCGAAAUGCAUACCAGCAGGGACCAUAGCUCUCAGUCGGAAGAAGACGCUGCAGAAGGCGAGCGAGAAGGCGAGGCCAUGCAGAAGAGUGUCGAGUGGGUCUCUGACUGGUCCAGCAGGCCCGAAAACAUCCCUCCCAAGGAGUUCCACUUCAGGCACCCGAAACGUUCAGUUUCUUUAAGCAUGAGAAAAAGUGGAGCCAUGAAGAAAGGGGGCAUUUUCUCCGCAGAAUUUCUUAAGGUGUUCAUUCCAUCUCUCUUCAUUUCUCAUGUUUUGGCUUUGGGGCUAGGCAUCUAUAUUGGAAAACGACUGAGCACCUCUUCUGCCAGCACCUACUGAGGAAGAGAAAAGCCAUGGGAAAUGCGUGUGACCUGUGAAGUGGUGUUCUUGUCAUAUUAGUUUAUUUGAACUUGAGACCAUUAUAAGCAUGACCUGCCACCCUAUUUUUACAUAUCCAAGUUCCAGUAACUGAAAAUCCAGUAUUUCAUGUUAACUCUGUUGAGACAUUUUACUAACCUCAUUCCCUUUGGGGCCUGUAAGACACUUUAGACUUCCUAACAGAGUUUACUGUCUAGAAAUUUGCAAGGGCUUCUUUGUGCACACGCCACCAGCAGAUUAUAAUUUUGUCAACAAUACUGUUGUCUCCUUUUAGUCACCACCAGAGUUAGACCUGCAUCAUUAUUGGUAUAAAUUUACUCUUGCAAGAUAACUACCAUUCCACUCUUCAAAUGAGUUCAGGUUAGCAAGUGAUAAUUAAGCUUUAUUGUUGUUGUUGUUUUCCAAAAGGCAAGCUUCCCUAAACUUGAAUUUAUAGCAAUUAAAAAAAUAAAAACAAAACAAAAAACCAAAAUGCAAGUUAAAAAGGCACCUGGGCAAUAAAAAGUGUUUUAAGCCGGCUGUGGAGCCGCUGUUGUCUGCCCCUCCUUCGCGCCUUUCCAGGAGGCAGGCUGUGCAACAAACAGACUGAGGACUAAAAUCACAUCAGCAGACUUUCAUACUAGUAUAUCGUAAUGUCUUUUCUAUGAUAUAGAGUCUUUAUUUCUGAUAAGGAAUGUCUCAGGCCCAGAAAUAUAUGAAAUUGCUGUGGGAUUUUUGUGUAUGUUUUUAGCGGCAUGCUAAUUUUUCAUAACUUUCUUUACUUUUAUUUUUUAUUUCUCUGAGAGGCUUUGGGAUGCGUCCCAAUCUGUGGUGUGAAUGUGGGUUUCUCCUCUAACGCCUUUCAGCUCUGCAGAUGAUCGUUUCAGAGUUACUCCAUCCACUGGGUGACUUUGAGACCCAGACUCUCGGGUACGGGAACAGUUGACAAAGUUCUGAGAAGAUGCCCCGCCCUUUUUGCUUCUUGUCUCUCCCUUGUUCUUGUUGACCGUGUGAUCUUCCCAAAGUCAUUCCUGUGGCUCUGCAGGCACGCUGAUUUUCUCACGUCGUCUUCGUCUUUUCAGUGAAGUCAAACUCUUGAAAUUCCACAACUCUCAACAAUUUUUUCCUUCAAUGACACACUUUUUUCCUUUUUUUUCUAAAAUGUGAAGCUUUAGGACCAAAUUGUUAGAACGCAUCAGGAUUACCAGUUACUUCAAGUAGCUUUUAUUGGAUUUCAGAACACACAGCAUGACUCUGAAGGAUACUAUUAACUACACUUUUAUAUUUAAGAAUGACUUUAUGAUAUAGACAUUACUAUUGAAUAUUUCAGUGAACCGCUGUUAAUUUUAAAAGCAGCCAUCUGUUCCUUAAACAAAGCACGAUGGAUUGACUUGAAUAAAGACACUACGACAACCAGGUUUGUCAGUUUGCAGGAACGAACUUUUUUUCUUUCUCCUGACAAGUUUUGCAAAUUAAUGUGUUAUAGUAAAAAAGUUAAAAAUUAAUUUUCAAUAUCAUUCCCCCCAAAUAUAGCUGUUAUUCCAUAAAAAAGAUGAUAUACUCAAAAUGAUUUUCUGAAUAAUUUUUCUUUUUAUUCUAGCAUUUGAUGAUGGCUAAAUAAUUUUGGACAUCUUUUUAUAUUUUACCUUAUUUCUAUAUUAACCUUAAACCUGGCACCUUGAUUUGCCUUCUAUAACCUAUUUAUUGUAAUUGUGCAAAUUAGCAUCUCUUGGAAACAGUCAGUCUGAUGCCCUCUGACUUUGAAAAGGCUGAGUGGAAGGGAAAAGCUCAUAGAACGAAGUAGACGGACCUUCCGUUGGACCCUGUUGGCAUCAUGGGAGAGGAAACGAAGUCUACUCAGAGCAGCUUUUUACAGGCAUCACAUUUUCUUCUUUCCAGAUUCAGUAGUCAUUUUAUUGGUGGUGUGAUUAGAACUUGGGUAUAUUUAUUAUUUAAUUCUGCCCUUUUACUUUCUGUGAAAUUAUGGAAUCUUACUUAAAAAAUGAAUACACAGUCAUAGUAGGAUUUGUCAUAAGAUGAAAUAAAUGCAGUAUUUAUUGAUAGCUCUAACAUAUGGGAGGAGUGUGUGUAUACCCUGCCCAGAUUUGCAUUAAACAGAAACAGAUUGUAUUAUUGGAAAGGAGAACUCCACAAUAACAGUUGAGAUUUUGUUUCAAUUAAUUAAUGUUUUAAAAGCUUUACACCUGUUUACAAUUGGAGAUGAUAAGGCAGGCUUAAUUUUUCUCAUGUUUGAAAACUGGCUUAAAGUAUUUGCAAAUAGAAUUAUGAGCAAAAUGCACAAACCUGCACAUUGAAAAAUGCAACAAGUUACCUUGAUAGCAGUAAAUUAUUUACCAUUAUAAAAAUGAACAUUGGAAACUCAGCCAGUGAGUUGAUUUUUUUUAAGUGAAUCAGUUGCUGAAAUUAUUGGGGAAUAACUGAGCCAAAGUGAUUAUGCAUUCUUCAUCUAUUUAGUUAGCACUUUGUAUUGUUAUAUACAGUUUACAAUACAUGUAUAAUAACUUGUAGCUAUAAACAUUUUGUGCCAUUAAAGCUCUCACAAAACUU